AAAAGCGUGCCCCACACGCGCACCCGCACACGCGCACCCGCGCACCCGCACCCAAACAAGCUUGCCCUCCCUCCCUGCUUUUUUUCUAAUGGUCGCAUUUUCACUUAUUAAUUUUUAUUCUGGCUUCUUUCUUCAAGUUUGAUAAAGUUGAAAAUGGACUGCCAUUUUUUCCUAAGAAAGAUUUUCUUCUAUUGAAGACUUCUAUUGUAAGGGUAGAAGGGAAUGUUCGCUCCCUAUCCCCUGCCGUCGUUAUUUUUCCCUCUCUCCUUCAUCCCUUAUAUUAAACCAAUUUUCCUCGCUCGCUCCUGUUUUUAUUCCAAAUUUAUUCCUGGCUGGCUUUUUAACUUUUGUUUUUUCCUCUCUCUUCUUCUUCCUCUAUCUCCCUUACUUGCCUUUUUUCUCCCACAGCAGCAUUCAUACUGUGUAUCACUGCUGCUAACCCUGUUUAUUUCUUGUCCAUUUUUCAUUUAUAAUUUUUGUUUCACUCUGGUCUGCGACGAGAGCAAACAAAUAUUUACGUGUCUUUAUUUGACGUACCCACGCUUCAACAUCACCAUCACCACCAACAAACCAAGCCGUCUUUCCUUUCUCCUAUCUCUCAUCUUUAUCUGCUAGUCGGACAAGAAGAGAUAAUAGUUGAAACAGAAAAAACAACCAAAAGAGUUUACUCAGAGCCCACGCACUUUUUUAAAGUCGCAACGCUUGUCACUGGCUGGUUCAGUGUCUAGUAGAA